AUGGUGCAGACGAUAUUCCCUGUGAACCUCUAUGACCUUCAGCACAGUCCCGAUGUGGUUCAUAAAGCUGCAACCCUGGGCUGCAUCUUUCUUACACUGGUCGCUGAAGCUGGCACCGCAGCAGUACCUAAGUCUUUUGGAUGUCGGAACUCGUUAAUUUCGGAUGAAUGGAGAGCCAUGGUUCUGACGUUUCACAAUGAUAAAAGAAAAACUCUAGCACGUGGAGACCAGCCAGGCAAGGACGGGAAUAAACUGAGUCCUGCUAAGCAAAUGAAUGAACUGACAUGGGAUUGCAACCUGGAACGUUUCGCUACUGACGCUGCUGCUCAGUGUAAAGACUACGAUGAUCCUCAACGUGGUGUCAAUCAGAAGACCAUCUCUGUCGCUUCUGCUUGCAAUAUUACUAAAGAAACGGAAACUGUGCUCAAUGAAUGGUGGAACGAAGUAACGGUAGUUGGUUUGGGUGCUGAUCUAAAGUACACCGACAACUCGGGUCUGGAAGAGUUUGCAAAUAUGGCCUACUUCGAACCGAAUGCCUUCGCGUGUAGUUACGCAAAAUGCACCAGCGAAAUACGACUGCUCUGUUUAUACAACAAACUGGGUAAGGUGAACGAUCAGGCACUGUAUGAAGCAGCUGCAAAUGCCGACGCAGCGUGCGAUGGCUGUCCUGCAGACGCGCCAUGUGAGGCCAGACUCUGCCAGCCCAAAUUUACCAUAGCCGCUAACGAUGACCAAUGCGCGGAUGAUGGAAUGACAAAUGACAUGACGAACUCGGCCCUCUACAUGCACAACUACUACAGAGGGCUACUGGGCACAGGAUGGGCAGAAGAUAAAAUAAGUACUUAUGCUCCUCUGGCGAAAGCGAUGCCUCAGUUGAAUUACGAAUGUGGCACUAUUGCUAAAGAAGCUAAAGAUAGAGCUCAAGCGUGUAAAGAAACUCCUGAUGAUCCAACUGCGCCACGCUCCCAAAAUUACCUAGUAAUUAAAGACCUAAGCAUGGACAAAGAAGAUGCCCUGAAGCAGGCAAUUUCCACAUGGUGGAAAGAACUUGCUGACGUAGGGCUUGGUGAAGAUACUACGUAUAAAGCCGCAAUGAAGAACACGCUAGGACAAUUUGCUAAUAUGGCUUAUGAUCAAACGAAGCAAGUUGGGUGCAGCGUAGAGACGUGCACAAAGCAGGGAUUCACUUUGGUUGUUUGUCAGUACGAUAAACUAAUUAGUGAUGGAAAGAAGAUUUACGAGACCGGCAAGAGUGGCGAUAAAGCGUGUGCGGGCUGCGCCACCACGAAGUGCGGAGAUCUGCAAGGGUUAUGCGCUCCAUGA